UUAACUUACAACUUACAUGGGAGAAACGUGCUUCGGCCCUCUAAAAACUGAAUGUAAUUGAUAACGAAGCAUAUAGUUCUCUAUUGAAUAGUCAACAUUUAUACAUCCAACACCACCCAUAAUAACCUCACGUUCUACCUAUUAUACAGAUAUUAGCAAUCAGCAUGGUUCAUUGUAUAAGUUUUUGUUGUGGGAAAAGGUUUGCUCUUCUGUUGUACACACGGUCUCACUUUCAUUGCAGUUAGUAUACAUGAACGCUCCGUUCGAAAUGUCUGUGAAAAAUUUCGCGAGCUUCGCCAUUUAAAGCCACUAUGUAUUUGGAUUGUAUACAUGUUACGUGUUAAUCAGGUGUUUUACUUAAUGUUUUAUUUAUUCAAAUAAUAUAAAUAAAAGACGAAUUGAAAGCUAUGACUCAAAAGUUUUAUUUUUUAUCAAAAUGCCUACCGAGCAUAAUUUUAAUAAAAAGAAUUUACUUCAGUCGUAAUUAAUAAAACCGAAGCACACAAAAAACAUUUUCAUUGAAAUUUUUGCAUGCAUCCAAUGCAUAAAACAUAAAUUUGUGCUUAAUUUGAUCCGAUAGUUUGCGAUAAAAUAUAACUGUGCGAUAAACGCGGUGUGUAUGGAUGGUUUUGUUUUUUUACGAUAAGAUUCUUAUUAAUGAUAAUGCGCUUGCUUAUCAUCGCAUUAAGUAUUUGCAUGUGAUUAUUCUAAAGUGAUUACUGUGUCGACACUAAUUGUCGUAAAGUUUAUUUAUGUGAAAGUUUGAAUCGCUUCGCUUGAUAGAAUUGCACAGUGGAAAUUAACAGCAAGAACUAUUAAUUAGGUGUGAUAUCGUUACUUACCUCCGUCACCUCCAUCAAAUCGACCGCCACUUAUGGAUUUACCAGAAACAACACAGCCAGCGAGACCACCGAUAAGUUUUGAUCCAAUCGAUACACCGUCAUACGUUCCACCAACAGUUGGUCAAAAUCCCAAUGAUAUUUUGAGUGACUUUUCACCGGAUGGAUACAGAUAUUUACCACCGACGACGCAGCAAACGCCAAGUGUGCAACAAGACCCGAUUGAUUUAGGUGAUAAUUUUACACCAAUCAUUCCUCCCAGUCCUCCCAGUCAAGGUUAUCUACCCAGCCAAACGAGAGGAAGGGAACUACGAGAUGAGCUUCAGAAUCCGCAGAUGCAACUAGAAUUAAACGAACUACGGUGCUUAUCAAAUGUUGGUGGAUAUUUUAGGGCCAUUCUAUCUGUUCAAAGUGUCGUACAAAGUGUCCCGAUAAUCGAAAAUGAUAUUCAGGAUAUUCGAUGUGAUCCACAAGUGAUUCGAACCCGAAUAGCAAUUAGUAUUGCUGCUGCUGAUUUCCGGCGAUGUGGUGUUGAGAAUUGUGGGUCACAGCAACUUUGUUUAAAAAUUAGAUUUCCACAAAUUCAGGGCUUGAGAACAUUAGCAGAUCCCGUACUUACUCUACAAUGUCGAAUUCAAGAACGAGUGGUGUCUAAAACACAUGCCCUUCGGAUCGGAUUGAACAGAGAUAAUCAAGCACGAUCGGCUGGUACAUACGCAAAUGGUGGAAGUCAACUGCCUUUCCGGACACAAAUUGGUAUUUAUCGACAGGGAAACAAUGGAUUUUCCAGAAAUUUAGAACCUGGUGGAGUUGUUCUGUUAGGCGAAGAAUUGAUGCUUCGGGCACACGUUAAAUUCGGAGACGGUUGGAAUUAUACUCGCGUAUCGGAUGUAUCACUUCAAAGACUUGGUCCAGCCGGUGACAUUCUCAAUUCUGUGGUUUUAGUAACGUCGAACGGAUGCGUCCAUCCCAAAAUGAGAUCCAUUUGUCCAGUCCCACCAACAUUCGAGCCACCACUUGGUCAUCGGCUUGGCUUUCGUGCGGUCAUGUUCCAAGGAAUGAAAAGUGGAGACGAGAUGGUAAUGAGUGUUAAAAUCGCCGGCUGCAUUGAACAAAGUGAUUGUUUUGUUGACAGAUUAGCUUGUGACCGAUUUUCGGGGAGGGCCAGACGAGACACAAAUCUAUCGAACAAUUUAUCCGAAGUCACAACAAUAUCGUUUCGAGUGGAAUUACCAAGAAACAAUACCAAUGGAACGGGCUAUGUUGCCGCCAACAACACAGGGAUUAUGAGCUUAAUUAUCACACUUUCAUUUAUAAUUAUAGCCACGAUUGUCUGUCUAAUAAUCAAGUUUCAGAGAAUCGUAUAAAGGCUUUCGAAAUGUCAACAGUUAUUACCAUUUUUGCUUUAAUUUUAAUGUUUUAUUUGUUGUUAAUAUCGGAGUUCGUUGUA